ACAUUUAGUAUUUACUAUUGAGAAUUGAGUAAGAAUAGCUUUAAUUAUUUGGCUGUUUAUUAUUAUGUAGGUAGUAAGCCUAAACGAAAGUGGUUUUUAUGUUGUUAUUUGUUUGUUUUGUGAAAAGAAGAAAACAAAGAUAGUAGGGUAACAAUUUGACGAUUUCUAGUGUUUCUGAGAGACACUGCGAAAUGAUAGAUCAGUUAACCAAACGGAUACGAAGUUAAACUCAGCGAAAGAUAGUGAAUAUGGUUAUUGAUAAUGAAAUAUGUUCUAUGCAAUUGUCGUCACUCACUUAUGAAUCUCGAAACAUUCUGUCUUCCCUGCUAAAUACUACAAAAGUUCUUCCAAGUACUGGUCCAGACAAACUGCUAAGACACAGGGACUGGCGAGGGCUAGCUUCACUUAUUAAUAUAACAUCAGAAGUAGCUGCUGGUGUAAAGAGCCAAGCUGAUCAGGCAGGGAAAGUUUUAGAAAUAUGGAUUGGAAGAUGUGAUGGCACAGCCACUGUCGGGAGGCUGCUAGAGAUAUUACAAAUUAUUGAUAGAUAUGACAUUUAUGAUGAUAUCACUGAGCUUGCCAGCAACAACCUUCUUGUGGUAAAACAGUCAGACUUGGGUCAUAACAACCAAGUGAUGGUACAGGAGCCAACGGAGGACAGCCUGAUUACAUUCCAUGAUAAGAAGUUAGGAGUGCCGCAGCACUAUCAUGCUUAUGUGUUGUAUGCUAAAGAAGAUAGAGGAUUUGUAGAGGAACUGCUCACCAGAAUGAAAGAUAAUGGGUUCAAGAUGUGCACUGAAGAAGACUUAUUACCAGGCCACGCCACGAGGUUUGCGCCUGUAUCCAAGUUGAUAUCAGAGAGGUGUCAGAGAAUAAUACUGGUAUAUUCGCCAGACUUCCUCCGUAGUCCCGCCAAUACAUUCUUUAUGAACUUAGCACAGGCUGAUGCAAUUGAGAAGAAACAGAUAAAGAUUAUCCCACUGAUGUACCGGCAGUGCAUGCUGCCCAUGCAUCUCACCUACUAUCACAACUUGUACUACAGCCCGCCGGGGCAGAAGGCGCCCUACGAGUUCUGGACUAAGCUGGUGCAGUCCCUGGAGAUCGUCGACCUGCCCAGGAUCACAAACAGCCAGACGACACACUCUACGAUGAACAUUGCAGAGAUAUCGGGCAGCUUCACAAACGGGUACACGCCGGUCCCCAAGGUCCAGGAGUACCUCGCGCUGCCCAGCCCCUCUCGCGAAACCGCCUCCCUGUCCGACCUCCACAGGCUGACCGAUACCAACACGUCCUGCGACUCUAAGUCGCUGAGUUCCAACACCAGCGAAGAGAAGAAAAAGAAAUCUACUUUCAGUAAGAUCUUCAGUACGCUAAAAGGCAAGAAACAUAAGGAUAAAAAGGCAAUUAUGUUAGAGAGUUGAGUUUCCAUGUGUAGGAUGAACGGUUUCAAAAGGUACCUAAAGCUGCUAAUACUCGGCAAACGAAAAACUUUUAUAUAUAUCAAAGUAUAAAUGAAUCAACACAAAAUAAAUUGAAUUGUUGUGCUAUCAAUGGUUAAUUUGGUUUAUAAAUGCAGCUAUAUGACGCCAUAGUUAGGCCUCAAAACAGUCUUACGAAAGUGCAAGUAAUGGCAUUUCUGGAACAGUUAUAAUAAAUGUAUUGAAUUUUACAAUUUAAACCAGAAUGGUUUUAAAUAUUUACAGCCAUCAUUAACGGGAUAUUUACAAUGAUUCAACAACUUAAAUUUCUGUAUAUUCAAUAAAUAUUAUAUUACACAAUGUCUUCCAUGUUAUAUAUUUUCAAUUAGUACUUUUGCUAUUUUUGAAAUUUUAUGGAUGUAGGUUUUUAGAUUUUGUUAUAGUGGGGACCUACCUUUAUAUUAAAUGUAGAAUAAGAUACAAGUACUGUGUGUGUUAAGAUGGAAAUAGUGAAGGUGCUCAAAAUAUGAUACGCAGUAUUGAUAGAGUUAGUUUAACAGAGAUAUGAAGGAUGUGUGAUGUUAAGAUGUCUACAUUAAGGGACAAUAAACAAUUGAUUAUA